CAGUGCUAUGUGAAAAAAGUUAAAAAGUAGGAGCUAGACACCCACAAAGUAAGUCAGAAAAGAAAGCAAUUAGAGGCAAAAAGGAUAAACAACACUUAAUUGUGAAAACUGCAAGAGUGUGAGUGUGUAUUCUCCGUUCAGGAUGCCACGAUCAUUUCUAGUGAAAAGCAAAAAGGCUCACACAUAUCACCAGCAUCGGUUUGCCACUGAUGGCACCAGUCCAAUCUGUGAACAGAAGCCACCCAGUAGUGCUGGUUUCCUUUCAGGCUUGCCAGAGGAAAUUGGACCUUUGUCUCUAGCACUGAAGGACAAAAACACCGACGAGAAGAAGAAAGCCUGCCAUGAAGAAGAAGAAGAAAAGAAAGGACAGCCAAAUGGAUAUUCCCCAGAGAGAACAGUGCUAAAAUACUCGGGCCAAGCCUUGGCGUCUUCAGUCCCAGUGCCGACACACAUUAUGGACUAUCAUCCGCCUCCUUCCCCUCCCUUCUAUAAGCCCACCUUUCCAUGGCGCUCCUUUCAUUUGACAUACGACUUUCCGCAGAUGUCCUCAACCUUUCAGUCUGCAUUUCUGAAGAGGUCAGUUGACUUAUAUGGGACCCACAUAAAACCAGUUCCUGACAACGAACCACCCAUUGACUACAGCAUGCAUUACUCACCGGACUCCGAGAUGUACCACUGCGUUAAAUGUAACAAGGUAUUCUCAACUCCACAUGGACUUGAGGUCCACGUUAGGAGGUCACACAGUGGGACAAGGCCAUUUGCUUGUGAUCUCUGUGGGAAAACAUUUGGCCAUGGUGUCAGUCUGGAACAACACAUGAAUAUCCAUUCACAGGAGAAAAGCUUUGAAUGUAAGAUGUGUGGCAAGACAUUCAAGCGAUCUUCUACCUUGUCUACUCAUCUCUUGAUUCACUCCGAUACUCGGCCAUAUCCUUGUCAGUACUGCGGUAAGAGAUUCCACCAGAAGUCAGACAUGAAGAAGCACACUUACAUUCACACAGGUGAGAAGCCCCACAAAUGUCAAGUGUGUGGCAAAGCUUUCAGUCAAAGUUCAAACCUUAUCACACACAGUCGUAAGCACACUGGAUUUAAACCAUUCAGCUGUGAACUUUGUGGAAAGGGAUUCCAACGCAAGGUGGACUUGCGCAGGCAUAAGGAAAGUCAACACGGAUUGAAAUAAAUUAAUGGUACAUUCUGCUUUCUUUCCUGUGGUUAUUUCCAAAAGCAGAUUAUCCUCCAUUCAGCACAGUCAAAUAAAAAGAAAACGCGAAAUGGGAGAUUGACCAAAACAUAUUCGUCCAUUUUUUAAAAACUGGAACGUAUUCUUCAGCCAUUAGGAUUUUGCCUUCAAACUGUGCUCAAUUUGCUAUGAAGAUACUGAUGCUGGUUUGUGUUCAGUUCAAAAAAGCCAGAGUUGCAGGAACGUAUGUGAGGAGUUUUCCCUGUUUCUGCAGUAUCUCUGGUCUCUGUAAAUUAAACAUCUGACUGUUUAUAUUAAAAUAAAUGAUGUCACUUGCAUGUCUUCUUUACAUGUGAUGACAUAAUAAUGAUGUUGUGUUACCUAUAGAAUGAGAUUCUACACGCAUGCCAUU